UGAUGGGUGGCAGGUGGUAGUUGUGGGUUGUUAUUGUUCAUGUGCCCCUGAUACUCAACCUGACAACGUCGCGGUCUCCAGGGACUGCACGAGUGAGUUGGGACCAGCACGGCAAGCACGUCCCCAGAAGGGGCCCCGACCCCACUUUUCGUGCUGCCUCUGCGCUGCAGACUCGGUCGUCGCUUCUCCCUCGUCUCUGCCCCGAUUUCCAGCCAACAAGUGCUCUCUCUCCUCGCCAUUUUUCUUCGCCUUUCGCCCUUCCCACUCAAAUCCCUGCGCAGCUACCUCGUCCUAGCGUCGCGUUGCUUUUCGAGUCGUCCCUCUGAAGAGAUCCACAUCACCCCCGGUGCCCGCGUCCUGUCCAACGCACGCCCACGCCUGGUCUGCCACGACCAGUAAACCCGCCAUUUUCUGUGCCCGACAUACUGCUGUCGACCUCUGUCCUCACGUCGUCGCUCAUCAAAAUUUGUUUUUGGUUCGCGAUCGCCAUAAUAUUUUUUAUUUCCCUCGAAGCCCCCCUCAUAAUAUAGCGACUCAAAUUCAAUUCCGAACAACAACACACCCCUUUCGGCGCGCGUAGUCUGGCCCAUCGAUCGGCGGCUGGUCGCGAGAUCCCGCAACUCUGCCAACGCCAUCAACGCCGCCGACAACGCCCUUCCGUUAAUCACCCCGAGAUAACACCAUCUGCGCAUGCGAUAGAGCCUGGACGAGUCUGUCGAUAUCCACGCCGUGGAUCAUCGACACACCAGCAAUGAUGACCAGCAUGGGCCCGUCGUUCCCGCCUCACCCCGGCGCAAUGCAGCAGCACCCAGGCGUACCACCAGGCCACCCGGGUAUGGCCCCCGGAAUGGCGCACAAUCCUAGCCAGCCCGGCGUCCAGCCCGGCGGCAUGCCGCAUCAGCUCGGCCACAUGAGCGUGUCGGGCCCUGGUCCCCAAGUCAACCCUGCCGCGCUCAUGGGCGGUGUCGGCAUCCCCCCUGGCGCGAGCCCGAACGCGCACGCGAUGCAGCACAUGUCGCAACAGCAGCAGCAGCAGCUGUUCCAACAGCAACAGCAGAUGGGCUCCAUGGCAUAUAACAAUCCGCAAGCCGUCCUCCAACAUCAAAUGCGACAACAACAACUCCACCAACAAAUACAGCAGCAGCAAGCGAGACAGGUCCUGAUGGCUCAGCAGGGAAUGUAUGGAAACAUAAACCCAGGCAUUCCGAUCGGCAUCCCGAUGGGCCAGAUGGGACAGAUGAACCCACAGCAGAUAGCACACAUCCAACAGCAAAUGCGGAUGCGCCAGGCACAGCAACAGCAGCAGCAACAACAGCAGCAGCAGCAGCACCCCAGCCAGCAGCAGCAGCAGUUAAUGGCCGCGCAACAGCUCGCCAUGCAGCAGCAGGCCGCCCAGCAGGGCCAGAAUCAGAACCAGGGCGGGCAGAUGGGCUCCCAACUCCAGCAGAUGCAGCCUGCCCAACUUGCUGCAUUACAGCAAGCUCAGCAGGCCCAUGCACAGCAACAAGCUCAGCAGCAGGCGCAGCAGCAAGCUCAGCAACAGCAACAGCAGCAGCAGCAGCAACAGCAACAGCAACAACAGCAGCAGCAGCAGCACCAACAACAGCAACAACAUGCACACCAGCAGCAGCAGCAGGCCCAACACCAGCAACAGGCCCAGCAUCAGCAGGCUCAGCAGCAGGCCCAGCACCAGCAACAGCAGGCUCAACAGCAGGCCCAGCAGCAGCAGGCUCAACAGCAGCAGGCUCAGCAGGCUCAGCAGCAGCCUCCUCAGCAGCCUCAGCAAGGUCCGCAAGGUCCGCAGGGUCCGCACGGCCCCCAAGGCCCUCAGGGACCGCAGCAGCCACAGCAGCAGGCCCAGCCCCAGCCGCCGCAACAGGCACAGACGCCGCAGCCCCAACAGGGCCCGCAACAACCCCCGACGCCGCAACCACAGCAAGGACCGCCAGGCCCUGGGGCAAUCGGACCGCCGGGCCAGCCGCAGAACCAGCCAGCGCCCCAGGUCGGCCAUGCACUGGCUACGGGUCCCGGGAACCAACCUCCUACACCGGUCACCGCGCAGCACGCUUUCGCGAAUAUGUCGUCGCAGAAGAGGGAAACUAUGAAGGGCCACUGUCUCUUGAAACUGAUGCAGUUUGCCGAACACCUUAGUGGCUAUUCGGGCGCAAAGCAAAAUGACGAUCUGUCGUACUGGACCACGUUUGUGCAACGAUUCUUCUCGCCCAGGGGUGUCUGGAAGCAGACGCUCCACACGCUGGACGACCAAGAAGGGGACAAGCAGUACGAGAUCGGAUUCCCGACUCUCGCCCGCUACUUCAGCACCCACUUUGAGAGCGGUGUCAUAAACAUUCAGUUGAUAAUGGAGAAGGGCACAACGGACAAACCCCUGACCGGGGACUGCCACUAUAUUGAGAACAGCAAGGCGAGCCUGCAAUACUGGUUCGAGGGCGGCUCUCACUUGGUUGCGACGGGCACAGUGCGUGCUCAGUUCGAUCAGGAGCAGAAGAUUGAACUCUUCGAGUUUAUCUGCACCGACUUCGAGGAGUACAUCUCGAGGAGGAUGGUCAUCCAGGCCGCGAAGCCGAAUCAUAACUGGAUCAAGGAGUGGAAAAAGCUCAACACGCAGGACCCGAAAGCUUCGCCCGAGAUGAGCAAGAAGUCCAAGACAAGACCUGCCAAGUCGCCCGCCGUUCCUCCGCCCGAUCUCGACCUUCCCCAGUCCCUGAUUAGGCGUGGCACUCACGUCACCGAGGCAGUCCAUCAGUUCCUCGAGAUCUCGGAGAUUAUUGGACAGAUGAACCCCCUGUUCAACUACUUCCACAUGCACCCCAAUCUCGGACCUUACCAAGCGCUGGAUCAGUAUGUGCAAACGCAGGUCAAUGGCGCGGGAGCACAGGCUAUGAACGCACCGCAAGUGCCGCAACCAGGGCCGCGGACCCCCAGCUUCAGCCAGUUCCCCAUGGGGGCCAGCCCGCACGCGGCCCAUCUGCAGCUACCCCAGUCGCCACACAUUGGCAGCCCCGUGCCGGGAGGCGCCAUGGCCCCGCAGAUGCAGAUGCAGCAGAGCCAGCAGGGAACCAGCUCUAGCGGGCCCUCGACCAACACGUCCCCGGCCGGGACUAAAAGGAGGCGGCCGUCGGGGGUCAAGGCCGAAGACGACGGCCCCACCCCCGCGUCGGCCCCGACCCCAGGUGGUGGCCCGCAGAUGAACGGCGUGCCGCCAGGCAAGACGAAGCCACCGACACCGAGGAUGCAGAAGAGGUUGAAGAGCAACCCUGCGUCCUAAGGCUCAAGCCCACAGCUCCCUGUCUGGGUCUUCUGAGCCCGUGUGUUCUCUCUCCACGUUUUACGCCCAUGUUCAAUACCCUCCUCGCCCAUGGACAUGGCAUGCGUCUGUACUGGUCACUUGUUUAUACCAUUUUAUUUAUGUGACACGUUGGCGUCGUGUGGUUUCGGGUUGGAACUCUGUAUGUUCAUAUGACAUUUUCAAAAGUUGGCUUACAUAGGACGCGAUCAUUCUCUCCCUCCUUUUUUUUUCUUGGUUGUAUCUGUUUUAGCUUUGGUUUCUUCUUUUUUCCUGCCGUCCCAUCUUAUUCUUAACCUCAUCUGUUCAUUGGUCUUCUGGUCGGCAGCCUUGUCUUGUUUAACCGUCUUUCUUCGUUAGUCCAAGCGGGGUGGAUUCCGGUGUAAUGGGUUGAAGAAAGCAUGCAACGUUGGGCACCGAUAGCACUUAUUACAACACUUACUACCAAGCUCGUCGUUCGUGUCAGCUCUUUUGGCCCUAUUGUUGGUCCUUUUCCUGUUGAUUCAUACAAUGCCAACCUUGUGUGUGAAAUUCUAUAUUGAGAGCUGGAACGAAGUGACAAAAGCUACCUCUCGGCCUCAUGUGGAGUAUAGGGAGCACUGGUGGUGAGAUGGCAUGGGCACCUAGACCACAUCCCAAUAUUGAGAAUUAAAGGUCUACUACAUACGUGGCGCUUAAUGUAGUCACCUCCCA